AUGUUGCCCGCUACGGCUAGGGACGUCCUCUGUCGACUGUCCACCUACCUGGAGGAACUCGAGGCUGGGGACCUGAAGAAAUUCAAACUAUACCUGGGGACUGCAGAGGAACUGGGCCAGGUCAAGAUCCCCUGGGGACGCAUGGAGAUGGCCGGUCCUCUCGACAUGGCCCAGCUGAUGGUGGCCCACAUGGGGACAAGGGAGGCUUGGCUGCUGGCUCUCAGCACCUUUGAGAGGAUCCACAGGAAGGACCUCUGGGAGCGAGGACAGAGAGAAGACCUGGUGAGGGUCACUCCGGAUAACGGCCCGUGCUCCCUUGAGAGCCAAUCACAUGGCCUUAUGGAUGUCUCUCCUAGUGUGCUGAGGAAAGAUCCUCAGGCAACCUACAAAGACUAUGUCCGCAGGAAAUUCCGACUGAUGGAAGACCGCAAUGCGCGACUAGGAGAAUGUGUCAACUUGCGUUAUACUCGGCCUCUCUUAGUAAAGGAACACUCAAACCCUAUCUGGGCCCAGCAGAAACUUUUGGAUACAGGAUGGGGAUACGCCAGAUCCAGGGGCCACCAGGCUAGCCCUAUCCAAAUGGAGACCCUCUUCGAGCCAGACGAAGAGCGCCCUGAGCCACCAGGCACUGUGGUGUUACAAGGGGCGGCAGGAAUGGGGAAGUCCAUGCUGGCCCACAAGGUGAUGCUGGACUGGGCCGACGGGAGGCCUUUGCUCAUCACCACACGGCCCAGUGGCCUGGAGAAGCUUCGUGGCUUGCUGGAACACCCCCGGCACGUGGAGAUCCUGGGCUUCUCCGAGGCAGAGAGGAAGGAGUACUUCUACAGGUAUUUCCAUAACACCGGGCAAGCGAACCAAGUGUUGGGCUUCAUGAUGGACAACGAGCCUCUCUUCACCAUGUGUUUUGUUCCCAUGGUGUCCUGGGUGGUCUGCACCUGCCUCAAGCAGCAGCUGGAAAGCGGGGAGCUUCUGAGACAAACAUCUAGGACCACCACGGCGGUUUACAUGUUCUACCUUCUGAGUCUGAUGCAGCCCAAGCCAGGGACCCCACUGUUCAAAGUCCCAGCCAGCCAGAGAGGUCUGGUCUCGCUGGCUGCAGAGGGCCUCUGGAACCAGAAGAUCCUAUUUGAGGAGCAGGACCUUGGUAAACACGGCCUCGAUGGAGCAGACGUCUCUAGCUUCCUCAACGUGAACAUCUUCCAGAAGGACAUCAAGUGUGAGAAAUUCUACAGCUUCAUCCACCUGAGCUUCCAAGAAUUCUUCGCAGCCAUGGACUGCGCCCUGCACGGCACAGAGACAGUGAGGAGAGCGCUGGCUGAGUAUGCCUUCUCAGAAAGGAACUUCUUGGCGCUCACCGUCCGCUUCCUGUUCGGCCUCCUCAAUGAGGAGAUGCGAUGUUACCUGGAGAAGAGUCUAGGCUGGACCAUCUCACCUCAGGUCAAGGAGGAAGUGUUAGCGUGGAUCCGAGACAAGGCUCGCAGUGAAGGCUCCACGCUGCAGCGUGGCUCCCUGGAACUCCUCGGCUGCUUGUAUGAGAUCCAAGAGGAAGACUUCAUCCAGCGCGCCCUGAGCCACUUCCAAGUGGUCGUGGUCAGCAACAUCGCAACCAAGAUGGAGCACCUGGUGUGCUCCUUUUGCGCGAGGUACUGCAGGAGUGCGGAGGUGCUCCAUUUGUACGGGAGUGCCUACAGUGCAGGCGCAGAGCGUGACCCCCCAGAACCUUCCGGAGCCCCGGCUCUAUCCGACCACUUUCAGGAGGGGAACACGCUUCCUGAUGUCUACAGCGCACACCUCUCAGCAGCCGUCUGCACCAAUCCAAACCUGAUCGAGCUGGCCUUGUACCGCAGCGCCUUGGGCAGCCGGGGCAUGCGGCUGCUCUGCCAAGGCCUCAGACACGCCAGCUGCCAGCUUCAGAACCUGAGGCUGAAGCGGUGUCAGGUCUCUGGAUCGGCCUGCCGGGAUCUUGCGGAGGCUCUCAUCGCCAACAGGAAUUUAAUCAGGCUGAGGAAAUGUCAGUUGGAGGCUGCAGCUGGCAGAGAGAUCGCCUCUGUUCUCUGUAACAACUCACAUCUGGUGGAGCUGGACCUGACCGGAAACCCCCUGAAGGAUUUGGGACUGAAGCUGUUGUGUCAAGGGCUGAGGCACCCAGCCUGCAAGCUGCGAACCUUAUGGCUGAAAAUCUGCCACCUCAGCCAGGCUGCCUGUGAAGAUCUGGCCUCCAGCCUCAGCCUGAACCAGACCCUGACUGAGCUGGACCUGGGCCUGAACGACCUUGGGGACCCCGGGGUACUUCUGCUGUGUGAGGGCCUCAGGCACCCAGACUGCAAACUGCAGACGCUCCGGUUGGGCAUUUGCCGGCUGGGCUCAGAUGCAUGUGCAGGGAUUGCCCGUGUGCUCCAAGUCAACUCUUGCCUCCGAGAACUGAACCUGAGCUUCAACGACUUGGGAGACAGGGGCCUGUGGCUGCUGGGGGAAGGCCUGAGGCACCCGGCCUGCAGACUCCAGAAGCUGUGGCUGGACAGCUGUGGCCUCACAUCCAAAGCAGGUGAGGACCUUUCUUCCAUCCUGGGAACCAACCAGAGCCUGACUGAGCUUUAUGUGACCAACAACGCUCUGGGGGACACAGGUGUCAGGAUGCUGUGCAGGAGGCUGAGACAUCCAAGCUGCAAACUUCGAGUCCUGUGGCUGUUUGGAAUGGACCUGAACAAAAUGACCCACAGGAGGCUGGCAGCGCUUAGACUCACAAAACCGUACUUGGAUAUCGGGUGCUGA